CGUUUCGUUUCACCAUCUGGCAAAACUGGCAGAGCGGAGCGCAGCUAGCGUUUGGAAUCAGCGUUUACACCUGUGUGGCCUUCAAUCGCUCGCACCUGCGCCCGCACCUCCCUGCCCCCGCGCGCCCAGAAGGAGCGACAACUGCGGCGCACUUGCUUUCCUUUGUGUCUUUUGGCUGCUUCGGCUGCUCGGGCUGCUUGAGCCCCAAGCAAAGAUCUCCGGCUCCUCGCACAGCACAUCGGUGCUCCUCUGGCCACAGCACACAGCGCACAGCUCAUCCGACAGUUGGUCUAGACAUGCUGUGGACGGUGCACCUGGACGGUGGCCCACAGCGGGUCAAUCACGCGGCGGUGGGCGUGGGCGACUUCAUCUACAGCUUUGGUGGCUACUGCACCGGAUACGAUUAUCGCUACAAUGAGCCCAUCGACGUUCACGCCCUGAAUGCCCACACAAUGCGCUGGACUCUGGUGCCACAGCAGCUGGACGCAGCGGGUGUGCCGCUCAAGUAUCCGCUGGUGCCCUUCCAGCGCUACGGACACACGGUGGUCGCCUACAAGGAGCGCAUCUACAUCUGGGGCGGUCGCAACGACGAGAACCUGUGCAAUGCCCUCUAUUGCUUUGAUCCGAAGACCGCGCAGUGGUCGAGGCCCCAGGUGACUGGCUGUCUGCCCGGCGCACGUGAUGGCCACUCGGCCUGUGUCAUUGGCAAUAGCAUGUACAUCUUUGGUGGCUUUGUCGAUGAGAUUAACGAGUUCAGCAGCGAUGUGCACUCACUCAAUCUGGACACAAUGGAGUGGCGCUAUGUGCAGACUUUUGGCGUGCCGCCCAGCUACAGGGACUUCCAUGCGGCGGUGGCCUACGAGCAGGAGCGCAUGUACAUCUUUGGCGGGCGGGGCGACAAGCACAGUCCGUACCACAGCCAGGAGGAGACCUACUGCCACGAGAUCGUCUACCUGGACAUGAAGACCAAGGUGUGGCAUCGACCGUUCACGGCCGGAAAGGUGCCCGUGGGUCGGCGCAGCCACAGCAUGUUCGUCUACAACAAGCUGAUAUAUGUCUUCGGGGGCUAUAAUGGCCUGCUGGAUCAGCAUUUCAACGAUCUGUACACCUUCGAUCCGCGCACCAAGCUGUGGAACCUAAUACGUGCCAACGGCAAGGCGCCGACGGCGCGGCGGAGACAGUGUGCCAUUGUGAUGGGCACUAGGAUGUUCCUGUUCGGCGGCACCAGUCCGAGGAGCGGCUCCUCCAGCUCGCCAGCAGCUGUUUCACCCACUCAAGAGGCGGGCGGAGCAACGGGGGCUGCCGGAGUAGUUCCGCCCGGUGUGGCGCUCAUUGACUACAGCGAUCUGCAUGUGCUCGACUUUGAACCCACUCUGAAAACCCUGGCCACCAUGGUGGUGCUUAAGCACCAGCUGGACAUCUCGGGGCUGCCAAGGAGCUUCCGUUCGGACCUGCAGAUGCUGACACAGCCGAACAGUAUUAGCCGGCCCAUCAAUCAAGCAGGCUAGCGUCCAAAGCCGUAAGGGAUAAGCCGGAGUCGACUGCCACGUAAUGGAAUGAGGUGGAAAGGGCUGGGAGGAUCACGGAGCCACUAGUCCGGUUCUUGUAUUUGAAGCCCUUGGAGGAGCGAGCUCGAAUAUGUUUUUUACGCGAGGGAUGGAGCAUGGAGAACCUGAGAGAACGAGAGGGAAGCCCCAGUAAUUACAAAAGUUUUAGAAACUUGCUUUUGGUACUUCUGAUAGCUGCUAAAUAAUACACAAUAAUAAUGACUAUGCAAAUGAUAUUAUAAUAGAGAUAUAGUUCAUAAAACAUUUAUAAAUCGUCCUUAAAUAAAAUCUCCAUUAACUUUA